UCAACAUUUCCUUCUCAACUCUUUUCUCCUCUCUCUGAACUCUUAUAUACAUCACCUUCGAAGGUAGGAGAGCCUCCUCCAGAAUAAACCCAAAACCCGACUCCAAAAUGACCGAAGAAUACAAAUGCCCACACAAAAGCCGUCGAAAAGUUAUCUGCACAUGCAUCACUAUCUUUCUCCUCUUAGUUGGUGCAACGGCCCUUACACUUUGGCUAGUCUACCGCCCCCACAACCCUCAGUUCAAGAUCAUCGGCAUCGCCAUCUACGAGCUCAACUACUCGGCAGCGCCGCUCGUCACCACCAACAUGCAGUUCACGGUCGUCACAAGAAACCCAAACAAGCGCAUCUCCAUUUACUAUGACAGACUUUCAGUUUCUGUAUGGUAUAGAAACCAAGCAAUAACGCCCCAGGUGAUGCUGCCUCCGUUUUUCCACAAGCACCACCGCACCGUGACCGUGUCGCCGGUGCUUGGCGGUGGGGAAAUACCAGUGUCGGUGGAGGUGGCAAAUGGGUUGGUGAUGGAUGAGGCGGAUGGGGUCAUGGGGUUGAGUUUGGUGUUGUUGGGGAGGCUUAGAUGGAAGGUUGGGGCUAUAAAGACUACGCAUUAUGGGAUUUAUGUGAAAUGUGAUGUCUUGUUGGGCCUGAAGAAAGGUUUUGUUGGUCAGGUUCCCUUGCUUGGGUCUCCAGCUGGAUGCAAAGUGGAUAUAUGAAAAAUUGUAUUUGCAACUUUCUAUUUUCUUUUCUAUAUUUACUUUCGGUAGAUAUAUGAAUUUAUCUGUAUGUGUUUUAGUUGUUCAUUUGGAAAACUUUCUUUGCAAUCCAAUCUGUAGCUCUAGAGAUGGAUCAAAGAAAGUCGUUCAGUCCAAAAGUACUGAGUUAAAAGGCAUAUAUAUGAAUUUAUAAGGAUGGUAGAAGGUUUCUACCUCUUCUUU